ACAUGCCCGCCGCCUGUUGCCCCUCCCCCUUAUCGGGUUGCAGCGGCCAUUUUCAGUGCAAAGUUUGCCCCGUUUGGAAGCAGGAGUGCUGUGCUGCCGCCGCGGAGUGUCCCCAGUGAUUCGCCUGCUCCCGCUAAACCGUGUCUGUCCCCUGCCGGUAUCUUGUCCUCUGCCUGCGGAUUACUGUACGGAGAUGUCGUUCUACGCGGUGAAGAAAGGACGCAAUCAGGGAGUGUACAACUCGUGGGAUGAGUGUAAGGAGCAGGUAGACCGCUUUCCAUCGGCCAGAUACAAGAAGUUUGCUUCAGAGGAUGACGCCAGGCAGUUUGUAAGGGACGGCCGGGAAGCCCCGUCCCGUUAUAGAGAAAGUGAUUCCGCAGUUGUGUACACUGACGGCUGCUGUUCACGGAAUGGACAACCUAGGGCACAAGCUGGAGUUGGUGUGUACUGGGGUCCGGACCACCCUCUGAAUGUGUCAGAAAGGCUGGAAGGAAGGCCGACAAAUCAACGCGCAGAAAUACAGGCAGCAUGUAAGGCGCUAGAACAGGCUAGAAGCCAGAAUCUCUCAAAAAUUGAGAUACGCACGGACAGCGAGUUUACGAUUAAUGGUGCCACUAAGUGGACAUCUAACUGGAAGGACAAUGGCUGGAAGACUGCCAGUGGCGGGGAGGUCAAAAACAGAGAAGACUUUGAAAAACUGGAUCAUCUUUCACAUGGGAUUGAUGUUAAUUGGAAACACAUUCCAGGUCAUGCUGGUUAUCAAGGAAAUGAAGAAGCUGAUAAACUCGCCAGAGCUGGAGCCCAAAAAUCAUCCUCGGGAACCAGAUACCGGUGGUAGUUGUCAAGUGUCCCGCACACCCAUUACAUAGUUAUUAGGUCUGACUAUCCGUUACGUUUAUGUUUAGCUUCCAUAUUCUACAAACUACACACAUUCCACUCUUAUGUGACCAAUAGAGGAAUUGUUUAAGGCAGAUUAAUUUAUACCAGAGCCAUUCAACGAAGGCUCACUAACCCGCUAGUUUACCCCAGUGGGUACAAAUGUGCGCUUUUCCUUGCAGCCUCGAGAGCUAUGAGGGAAAAAUCGUGAUUAAAUGCAUCCUCUGGGGGCUUAACAUGCAGGGAAACCCAUAGAGUCUGUCUCUUAAUGUGGGACACCUGGCAUUAAACCUGGAGCUUUACCCACGGGUAAUUUAAUCUGCCCCUUUCAGUAUAUUUUCUUUUAAUAUAACCAUAUAAAAUUAAUCUCCUAAACAAAAGCCCCAAAACGUUGUCUGUUUUCAGGUCUGGGGUAGUCUGCAGUGUUAGCAAGUAUAAUCUACGGAUGCUAGUUGUUGUAUUUUCACUUUGUAAGGGCCUUUGUUUAUUAAUAUGCUAUAAAAAGGCAAAGUGCACGUUCUGCAAAUACUAUAAAUGACAGCACGUUAUAUGUUAUGUUUUAGUAUGUACUGUUGUUUUGUUACGGAAUUUGGAGCUUAACUAUAGUCUUUUAGCAUUGUGCAAAAUCAAUGAUGCAGGUCUGUUUUUCAUCUACAAAUAGUGCUGUAAUGCCUGUAAUUUCUGCGCUGAUAGAAAAGUUUCUAUCCUCAUUCAUAGGCAAAGUGGUUUGCUGGUGAAAAUAAUAACAGCUGUUUUACCACAAUUUUUUUUAGAGGUUUGGAAUGUUUUAUGGUAAAAAAAAAAAAAAAGAAAGGUAGUGUCAAAAAUUUUAUGUUUUAUUAAACAACCAUAUAAACUUGA